AUGUGCUUUCCUGCAAGAAGCGCUGUAGAUCUAGCAGGCCAAGCCGAGUACCUAGAGUCCCAAAGGGUCAUUGCAGUUACCGUGCAAUCUCCUCUUUGCCUUGUUGUUAAAUGCGUGAUGCGUGAUGCGUUCCGGCGUCAACAAUGGAAGGACUGGCUUGCAGGGCUGCUGUGA